AUGACGUCCAUCCUCUCUGCUCUUCUCUGCCUCGGGCUGAGUCUGGACCAGAGGACCCAUGUGCAGGCAGGGACCCUCCCCAAACCCACCAUCUGGGCUGAGCAAGGUGAUGUGAUCCCCUGGGGGAGCUCCGUGACCAUCUGGUGUCAGGGGACCCCAAGGGCUGAGGAGUACCGACUGUAUAAAGAGGGAAGCCCAGCAUCGUGGUACCAACAGAAGACACUGGAUCCCGGGGACAGAGCCAAGUUCUCCAUCACACACAUGACAAAGCCUGAUGCAGGGAGAUAUAGCUGUUCCUAUCACAGUCCCAGUGGCCAGUCAGAGCGCAGUGACCCCCUGGAGCUGGUGGUGACAGGAUCCUCCAGCACACCCAGCCUCUCAGCCCUGCCAAGCCCUGUCCUGACCUCAGGAGGGAAAGUGACCCUCCAGUGUGGCUCAUGGGAGGGAUUUGACACAUUCAUUCUGACUAAGGAAGGAGAUCACCGGUUCUCCAGGACCCAGGACUCACAGCCACAGACAAGUGGUCAAUACCAGGCCCUGUUCCCUGUUGGCACUGUGACCCCCAAACAGAAGUGGAGGUUCAGAUGCUAUGGCUGUUACAGGAACAGACCCAACAUGUGUUCACUCCUCAGUGAUGCCCUGGAGCUCCUGGUUCCAGGUGAGUCUGGGAAGCCCUCUCUCCUGAGCCAUCAGGGCCCCAUCGUGGCCCCUGGACAGAGCCUGACCCUCCAGUGUUGCUCUGAUGUUGGCUAUGACAGAUUCGCUCUGCACAAGGAGGGGGGACAGGACCUCCCCGAGAGCCUUGUCCUGCAGCCCCAGGCUGGGCUCGCUCAGGCCCACUUCCCCCUGGACACUGUGAGCAGCUCCCAUGGGGGCCGGUACAGAUGCUACGGUGGAUACAACCUCUCCUCUGAGUGGUCGGCCCCCAGUGACCCCCUGGACAUCCUGGUGGCAGGACACCUGCUUGACAGACCCUCCCUCUCGGUGCAGCCAGGCCCUAGGGUGGCCUCAGGAGAGAACGUGACCCUGAGGUGUCAGUCACAGAGCCCGAGGGACACGUUCCUUCUGUCCAAGGAGGGGGCAGCCGAUCCUCCGCUUCGUCUGAGAUUAAAGGAUGGAUCUCAGCAGUCCCAGGCAGAGUUCUCCAUGAGCCCUGUGACCUCAGCCCAUGGGGGCACCUACAGGUGCUACAGCUCACAAAGCAGCUUCCCCUACCUGCUGUCACUCCCCAGUGAGUCCUUGGAGCUCCUGGUCUCAGAACCUUCUGGAGGCCCCAGCCCCCCACCCACAAUGCCCACCUCCACAGCUGGUCCCAUAUGGGAACUGUACAUCUUGAUCGGGGUCUUUGUAGCCCUGUUCCUGCUGCUCUCUGUCCUUCUGUUCCUCCUUCUCCGAAACCGAUGUCAGAGCAAAGACAGGACUUCACCAGAUGCUUCUGUGAAGGACCCGCAGCCUGGGGAGAGCGUGGAGCUGGAUCCUCGGGCUGCUGCACGUGAUACCCCAGAGUAUGUGACCUACGCCCAGUUGAACCUUCUGGCCCUCAAUGAGAAGACAACUGCACCCCAUUUCUCCACAUCUGAUGAGCUCCCAGAUGAGCACAUUGUGGUGCGGGUGAACAAGAUUCAAGGCCAUCAGGGCCCCAGCAGCAAGAAGAACAGUCCCAUCCGGAUGGGUGUGGUUGCCUUGCUCCUGGCGAUGUUCGGGGUGCUGCUAUUUCUGGCUCGAAACAGCCAGAGAGGGACCCACAAUGCCGCCAGCUUGUGA